AUGCCCCCAAAGGCCAGUGCAACUCGCAAGCACACGAAGAUCACGAAAAAGUGUCCCUCGCGCAAGAAUGCGAAGGCAAUAAAAAAACCAGGGAAAAAUUCGGGUUUAAACCCGUCUUUGAAUUCAGAUGCAAGCCAGAUCAGUGUCCGUGUCGAACAACCUCAAGGUCCGGCAUCAUACCAGCAACUAAUUUCGUUAAUCGAAUCCGAAGGCAUGGACGAGGAUGAGGACGACGAGGACGAGGAUGAUGAGAUGGAGGAGGAAGAUGAUAUGGAGGAAGUCAAUAUGGAGGAAGCCGAUGAACAUCUCGCACAACCAGCCAGCUCCACCGCCGGACUCCCGGCAGCUCCCUCGACAACAUUUGGGCAACCAGGCCCGUCGCACGACUACCACCCACCGUUCAUGCAGCCAGCUCCACCGCCGGACUCCCGGCAGCUCCCUCAGCAACAUCUUGGGCAACCAGGCCCAUCGCACGACUACCGCCCACCAUUCAUGCAGCCAGCUCCACCGCCGGACCCCCGGCAGAUCCCUCGACAACAUCUUGGGCAACCAGGCCCGUCGCACGACUACCGCCCACCGUUCAUGCAGCCAGCUCCACCUCCGGACCCCCGGCAGAUCCCUCGGCAACAUCUUGGGCGACCAGGCCCGUCGCACGACUACCGCCCACCAUUCAUGCAGCCAGCUCCACCUCCGGACCCCCGGCAGCUCCCUCGGCAACAUCUUGGGCAACCAGGCCCGUCGCACGACUACCGCCCACCGUUCAUGCAGCCAGCUCCACCGCCGGACCCCCGGCAGAUCCCUUGA